AUGACAGCUGCAAAGCGAGUCUUUGAUGUCGCGUUUGUGGAACCGCUUGAUGAGGAGUUCACAUGUCCUAUCUGUCAUCUAGCAUUCAGAACACCAACUCUAACUCGAUGUGGCCAUCAUUUUUGUAGCAGCUGCUUGACGCAGUGUCUACAACAAUCUUCUUCUUGCCCCGUGUGUAGGAUGUCUUUGAAAGGCUCGAAUAUUUUCCUCAACAAUGCACUGAAAAGAGAAAUACUGGACUUGAAGAUCAAAUGUUGUUUACACGAGAAAGGAUGUGCGUGGACUGGUGAGCUAAGGGAUGGUGAGAUGCAUGGCAGUGAAUGUCGGUAUGUGGACGUUGCUUGUGUGAAUGGAUGUGAGAAACUUGUAAUGCGAAGGAACAUGAUUGAUCAUGUAGCAAAUCAGUGUCCUCAACGACUGAUCUCUUGCAAGCAUUGUAACGUCAUUGUGAAACAAGUAGAAAUGGAAGAUCAUUACGAAGAGUGUGACCAGUAUCCUAUAGCCUGUACAUACAAGUGUGGCAUGAUGGUAGAAAGAUGUCGAAUGGAAGACCAUAUUGGCAGGCAGGGAACGUGUUCAAAGAUUCUUCUUGAUUGUGAUUUCAAAGACAAUGGCUGUCAAUUUCAAGGAAAUCAUCUUAAUUUAUGUAUUCACAUGGAAAACAACGUUGGCUUGCAUCUUAGUUUGAUUGCUAGUGCACUUAAAGAAACAAAAGAAAAAUCAGCUGCUAGUGAAUUGAAAUUAGACCGCGAACUGAAUAUUGCAAAAGGAGAACUAAAAGCUGCUAAAGAUGAACUAAGAGAAACUAGAAAAGAACUGACCAAAGCUACAGCAAAAAUUUCUAAGAAGAUCAAUAGGAGGCGUCUGUAUCUUUUACCAGAAAGAUCGGAUUUUUUGUUCACUUGGACCAUAGAUAAUUGGCAUGAACAGACAAAGACGUUAGACAACUAUGUGUUGUCUAGCAAGCCAUUCUACGUUCCUCCUGGGUAUCACUUGCACCUUCAAGCUUAUCCAAACGGUGAGAAUGCUGACAGCAGAGGCUAUCUUUGUCUGUAUCUAUUUUCAACUGAAGGUGAUUUUGACAAUGAAGUCAAAUGGCCAUUUCCCUUUUCUUGUGUCUUUGAACUUGUAGACCAACAAGUUGAGAGGAAAAGUAUUUGCAAGAAAAUAUCACCACCAUAUCCAGAUGCACUGACGUCUUCUACAUGUGAUAUGGGUUUUGGUUAUAAAAAGUUUGUUUCUCAUGACAAAAUGAUGUCACGUUGUUACAUCAAAAAUAAUUCAAUUUGCAUAAAAAUGCAUGUUCAUCUCAAGAUUGGAGGUGAUCAUGACUGACACAAACAUUUUAAAUAUUAUUGAUGUCUGGACUUAUACUGAGAUGUUUCGUUGCUCUUUUAUUGUUUUCAGUACUGUUUGUUGUUAGUAAACCAUAAUAUUACUUGCAGCUAUAGCCUCGUUGUUCUUUCUGCUAGAUUGCUAUAUAUCAUGUGCAACACGUGCCAAACAUGUGGAAAAAUGCACAUGUUUGUUUAGUCCACUUUGACACGUGACCAGUAAUCGUUUACUACAGUUGUUAAAUACAUACG